AUGGUGUCAAGCGAGGACGAAGACGACAAGUUUCUCUAUGGAUCUGAUGAGGAACCUGGAAAUGCUGUGCAGAACAAACGUAAGCGGAAUGUGCAAGCUGCUCUUCGUACUGGAGAACCGGAUACCAAGAGGGUGAAGAUACCUGCAGAGCAGCCUGCGGCAGAUAUAUUGGUUGAACGGGCAAACAGCAAGGAGAGGAAGCAGGAAGAGGGCAAUCCAGGUGAGGGAGGACCACUGCCAACACAGGAAACACAAGAAGCACAGGCAGACCAGGAUGAGGCAGACCAGGAUGAGGACGAAGACUUGGAAGACGAGGUUUCCGAUUACUCGGAGUCGGAAUCAGAACAAUCAGAAUCAGUUUCUGAUUCCGACUCCGAUGUGGAAAUAAUCAUUGGAACAGGCACAGACUCAUCUAAACUCGAUUCGAAGAACUUGGCUACACCUUCAACAGCAGCUACGAUCACAUCGGCUUCUGAAUCGACAAUAGAACCUGUUUCUGAGCGAUCUGUAACAACAACUGCAACUGUCGCAGCUGUGGUCAAUGAUACCUCAGCGGCUGUAGGGAAAGCUGUUGGAGCGUUAGAUCUUAACGCUGUAGGUGAAUAUGAAGGCCAGCCUAUUACCGAUGUUGAUCCUGAAGUGUUGAAGGAGAAACCAUGGAGACAGCCCGGGGCUAAUAUUUCAGAUUAUUUCAACUAUGGCUUUACCGAGGAUACUUGGAUGGAAUAUUUGCACAAACAGGAGAAGCUACGUAAGGAAUAUAACCCACGUAAGAUUCUUAUGGGUCUUCUUUCGUUGCAGCAGCAAGGUAAAUUGACGGAUGGCACGAGCAGUGGAGAUGGAGCCAUGAGCGGCAAUGGAGGUAAUUGUAACGUGGGCGGUGUCUCUUCCCAUGGUGAUAUGAAGUCACCUAAUAAGAACAACACAAGUGUCAAUCCGAUGCCGCCGCCGCCUGCAUUUCCUAUGGGGAUCCCACCAAUGUUUGGCGGGUUUCCCCCCUUCCCAUUCCCUGGUAUGAUGCCGCCUCACCUAAAUCCUGCUAGUAAUACUAAUGGUGGUGGCCAGAGCGCAGGCAACAAAAAUGGCAACAGCAGCAAUAAUAACGGUAAUAACAACAACAUCAACAACAACAAUAAUGGUGGCAAUAAUAAUAACGCCGCUACAACGACCAACAACCUUUCUUCGACCAGUAAUAACAACAAUGGUAAAUAG